CAAAUGGCUGGGUCAGGUAGAGGAAGAGGACGUGCUGCAUUUACCUUCAACAUCGAGGCUAUUGGCUUUGCUAAAGGUGCAGCUCUACCUGAUGUCAUGUGUAAGCCUCCGCCGCCAUUUCCCAGUACAGACAAUAAGCCAGUGCCUCUGAAAACAGGAGAAGAUGAAGAUUACAUGUUGGCCUUAAAACAAGAUCUUAGAGGAACUAUGAAAAAAAUGCCAUAUUUUUUGGCAGUAGAAGAAGAUCGUGAAGCAAUUGAGAGGUACAGUAAAAAAUACCAGGACAGUGAAAAGGAGCAUGCAGCCUGGACCCCAGAUUGGAGAAGACUCCCAAGAGAGAUGAAGCCAAAGAAAAAGACCAAAAAAGCAGGUGCAAAACCAAAAAAGGCAAAAAGCUCUGAGCCUAAAAGUAAUCUGGAUGUGUUGAAAAAAAUUGAGGAGUUGGAAAAGAAGGAUGAUGAAGAAGAAAAAUCUGAAGAUGAGAAAGACAAAACAAAAGACAAAGAAGGUGAAGAUGAUGAAGAAGCAGAAGAACCAGAGGAAUAUGAUGAAGAGGAGCAUGAAGAGGAAAAUGACUACAUUUCUUCAUAUUUUGAAGAUGGAGAUGACUUUGGUGCUGGCAGUGAUGACAAUAUGGAUGAAGCAACAUAUUAGCUAUUGUUGCUAGGUGGUACACUGCUCACGCCUUACCCUACCUGAAGUAGAAUUCUGGAGGUAGGCCGAGUAUCAGCAGAACGGAUGCUUUAGCUCUGUUGGUUUUAAGUAUACUCUCCAAAGACACGUUGGACAAUUCUUUUUAAUUGUACUAUGCUGUAAAACAGGAUAUGGGAUCCUUUGUUUUGUUCUUUUGCCAAAUGUUUUGCAGACAUGCACCUUUUUAAGGUUCUCUGGAAUGCUUGCUGAUGGAGUAAGCUAUAUGCCAUUGUAUUGCCUCUGCACAGAAAAAGAAUGUACGCGUUUUAAUCAAAAUUGUGCCUAAGCAUUUGCACUAGUCAGUUCUAUGCUUUAGCAGUCAAAUCUUGGCAGUAAUAGUGAAAUUCUUCAUGACUGCAGCAAAAAAGAGCUAUGGCCUUUAUGGACAUAAGCUGCUCGUAUUUGGCAGCUGACUUCUCUGAAGGAAUUUAUGUAACUUCUGAAUUCAGGUGACUGAAAAUAAUUGACCACUAAGCACUUUAAUAUAAACUGACUUGAAAGGACCUUAGUAAUACGGACAAACAACGACAGUAUUUUGAAGAGCUAUUAUUCUAGUUAAAAGAGCUCAUUAUUUUUAGGGUUUUGAUAAAAAGGAACUGUAAUACUUAGCAAUGUGUUACAUUACCUUUAUGAAUCAGCAUAAGUAAUGAUUCAGGGUAAUUUAAUUUAGAAAGAAUAUGUGGCAGAAUUUAAGAUUGAGAAAUUAUGGAAUCCUAGUUUUCACCAGUGGCACACAGAUUAGUGAUGAGAAUUUCAGUCCUUUGCCUCAGUUUCUCCGCCUCUUAAGGUGAUACUAACUUUCCUACCUCACAGAGCUGUUAAGUGAGAUGGCAGAUGAUAGCCAGCUGUGUAAUUGUCAAUGCAUUUAUUUACUUUUCUACAGAACAAAUGAGACAGAAACUUAACAGACAGCAAAUUAAUUUAAAAAAAAAAAAAAAGUAGGAAAAGAAUGUGGUGAAGUAUUUUGAUGCAUGAGGUUUUAAUUAGGAAAACAAGACAAGAAUGCUGAGAAUAGCAAAACCAGAAUGUUUUGAAACAUUAAUUUUAUUUAAGAACCAACAGCUGAAGUGUAGAAAACUUACUCCUGAGAUCAGACACUUGAGGAAAUGACAGAGCAUUCUUUGUGUCCCAUUGUCCUUUGGUGAUACAAAAUAUUAUUGAUCAGUGUUAUCAUUGAUCAGUGUUAUUAUAUUACUAUUGAUCAGGGUUGUUUUGGUUUUUUUUUUUUUUACUCUUUU